UUUAUUCUUUUCAUUGUUUUAAUGUUGUUUAUUAGACUGCCUAGAACAUGGCAAAUUAAAGAAUCAAUUGCAGGAGUGAGAGUGGUAUUUAAGGUGGUCAUCAAGACUCAUAGUGGAUUAAUGUGUACUAAGCUAAGUUUUUAACCACAAAGGAGGAAGUGCAACAACCUCGAAGCUAGUUCAAACUAGUGGGAGGUUGUCUGCAGAAACUUAGCAGACUUGAAAAUUUUCUACUAUUCAUACAAAAAUCAAAUCAGUUGCAAGAUCAUCCCAGGAAAAAAGCCAGACGAUUGAUAUGGCUAGAGGAAAGGUACAGAUGAGGAGGAUCGAGAACCCGGUGCAUAGGCAGGUAACUUUCUGCAAGCGCCGUUCAGGGCUUCUCAAGAAGGCCAAGGAGCUUUCUGUGUUGUGUGAUGCUGAAAUAGGUCUCGUCAUUUUCUCCUCCCAUGGCAAGCUCUAUGAGCUUGCCACUAACGGAAGCAUGCAGGGACUCAUAGAGAAGUAUAUGAAGUCUACCCGUUGUUAUGUGGAGGAACAAGCUGAUGAGAAGCAAGUUCUGGAGUCCAAAAUGGAGGUUAGCAUGCUGAAGAAUGAGAUUGACGUACUUCAGAAAGGCCUCAGGUAUAUGUUUCAAGGAGGUGCAGGAAAAAUGACUUUGGAUGAACUACGCAUUCUUGAGAAUAACCUCGAAGUCUGGAUGUAUCACAUACGCUCUGCAAAAAUGGACAUUAUGUCUCAAGAAAUCCAGUUACUGAAAAAUAAGGAAGGUAUACUAAAAGCAGCAAACAAGUGCCUCCAGGAGCAGAUGGAGAUGCAGUAUAUUGCUGCAGAAACUGACCCAAUAAUGACUAAUAUGCCAUGCCCACUAACAGUUCAAAAUGAGAUAUAUCAGUACUAAUAAAAGAUCUACGACAAAAGAUGUGACAAUGGUUCACUUGUGAAAUUUGUUGUUAGAAGUGUGACUAGCCAUGCAACAUCUAUAUAAGUGUUGCUCAAUAAACAAAUUGUUGGAUUUAUGAAAUGUAAAACUAUGGUUGACUCUUUAUCUUUGAGAUUGUAUCAUUUGGCGUGUAUGAUAUUUGUAAUAAACAUGCAUGGAUUUCUAAUACUAAUGCCUUUUAUUUA